UUGAAACGAAAUAUUGAUAGCACAACAAACAGAAACCAACAAAAAGGAGGCGAAACCAACAAAAAGGAGAGAGUUUCAAAAUCUGGCUAUCACAUGGUUUUCAACAAAGAUAGUCCUUAUCCCUAUUUCUAUAAACCAAUUACAUACCAUUCUUCGGACAAGAACAGACAGAAGAUGUCCUACAGCGUGAAUUUCAGUGACGGAUACCGUCCAGUAAACAGCACCAAGACCAAGCGUAUACUGUUUUAUAAACCCCCCGGUUGGUAUAGAAACUCCCAGGACCAUUGUCGACGAGGCUUAAAAAAAUGUCCACAGAAAAACUGUGAAUGUCUACUGGGUCCAAGUCACAUCGAUAAAGCAGAUGUUGUGAUCUUCGAUCUUACUGAACUGAACUUAAAGAAACCUCCUGUUAGAAAACCCAACCAAGUAUGGGCUAUGUUUGGAAUAGAGUGUCCGUUUUACUACUCAAGUCACUUGUACAAGACAGAGGCAUGGCGCGGUGUAUUUAACUGGACUAUGACGUAUCGCCUUGACUCUGAUAUCAUCUACCCCUACGGCGUCUUUUAUCAUCGGCAGCCACCACUUAAAGCUGAUUUCUCCAAAAUUGCUCUGAAUAAAACUAAGUCGGUUUUGUGGUUUGUCAGUAACUGCAACACUCCCUCAAAACGACAACAGUAUGUAAAAGAACUACGUAAGCAUAAUAUAUCAGUUGACAUGUAUGGAAAUUGUGGUCCAUUGAAAUGUAGAGGCCCACAUUGUGAUGGUAUGUACAACGAAUAUAGGUUUUAUUUAUCCUUUGAAAAUUCCCCUUGCUUUGACUAUUUCACAGAGAAGCUGUUUAAAGUAUAUUCUCACCAUAUUGUUCCAGUCGUUCGGGGAGGUGCUGAUUAUAGUCUUUUAAUACCACCAGGAACGUAUAUCAACGCAGCGGACUUUUCAAGUCCACAAGAGCUGGCGAAGCAUCUUAAAUACCUGGAACAAAAUGUUACAGCUUAUGCUGAGAUACUAGAAAGAAAAUCCAGAUAUAUACAAACUCGUGAGGAUCAACUUGAAUCGGCGUACUGUGAUUUUUGUGUCAAAAUUCAAAAUUUGGAUCUAUUUCAUCAGCAAUACUAUGACAUCGGUAAAUGGCUGACACAAGAAACAUGCCAUGUUUAGUUCCUUGGUUUUCUGAUAUAGGACAGAUUUCUACCACCACCCCAAGAAUGUUAUAGAACCGUUUGUCGAAAUCGCAAACACCAAAUGAUUGUUCUGUACAGUUGUCAAAGCUGUAACCAUUUCAUUUCGUUGGUUGAUUCUUCUACUUUAAUCAUUGCUUUCCACGUUUAUUUGCUGCAAAUUUCUUUCGAAUGCUCAAAGUGCUAUUCAUGACUGUAUAAAGUUGGGUAAAAGUAACUCUCGUUCCUCGUUUGUCUUAUUGCCGUUCCACCUCUCGCCACAACCAGAAGUCCGUCUGAAAGGGAGGUUCCUGGAGAGAGAGCGAGAAAGAGAGAGAGAGAGAGAGAGAGAGAGAGAGAGAGAGAG